CAGAAAGCAAAGAUAUAAAAUAGAGGGAAAAAAAUAAAUAAAAUUAAAAAAAUUAAAAAAAAGGCAUCAUCGAAUUAGUCGCCUUGUCUCUUCUUCCCUCGCAUUUAUUCCUGUUCUUCUUCCCUCUUUUUCCUUUCUUUUUUUCCCUCCUUCAAAUCAUUCAUUCAUCCAAUUCACCCUCCGUCCUCUUGUGGUUGCACAAGAAUUCCCUCGAGAGUCAGCCAACCGAGCCAGCCUCGAUUUCAAGUGGUGAGUCCUGGUCAUUCACUCAGUCAGAAGAUUCAGAUCACACAGCAUCAGGAAGUGUUCUGCUGUUCUGUUGCACGCCGCCCAACAAAGAGCUGCCUCAUCCUUAACCUUUUCUCUUCCCUGAGAUAACAUAAUAUAUAUAUAUAUAUAUAUAUAUUACAUCUUAUCAUUAUCCCAUAUCUCGUUCCUCGCCAAGCCAAGCCAGCAAUAGAGGAAUUCGGCCACGAUGACCUCCACCGCCCUCCCCAAGCGCAGGGCGCUGAACCGGAAUUCGCCCACAGAUUACUCCACAGAGAGCUCCGCAUGUGUCUCCCCAACCGACAGCUUGCGGCCGUCCCCUUCGUCCACGUCCCUGUCGUCAAUAGCUUCGGAUGCGCAGCAAGAACCCCUAAAAUUAGUCGACACUUACGGGACUCCCUUCGAGAUCCCAGACUUCACCAUCAAGCAGAUCAGAGACGCCAUCCCGGCCCAUUGCUUCGAGAGAAGUGCCCUUCGCAGUCUGUCAUACGUCGCUCGAGAUAUCUCUUGCCUGGCCGGCACCUUCUACCUCUUCCACAACUAUGUCACGCCCGAAUACAUACCGUCCACCCCGGUCCGUGCUGGCCUAUGGGGUCUCUAUGCCUUCCUCCAGGGGCUCUUUGGGACCGGUCUAUGGAUCAUGGCCCAUGAGUGCGGACACCAGGCCUUCUCUCCGUACAGACUGUUGAACGACACGGUGGGCUGGUUCUGCCACUCCGCGCUGCUGGUGCCGUACUUCUCCUGGAAAAUCUCGCACAGCAAACACCACAAGGCCACCGGCAACUUGGAGCGGGACAUGGUUUUCGUCCCCAAGACACGAGAGGUCUUCGCCUCGCGCUUCGGCUAUAUCGCGCACGAGCUGCACGAGUUGAUGGAGGAGACGCCCAUCCAGACCGCAGUCCAUAUGAUCCUGCAGCAGUUGUUCGGCUGGCCCAUGUACCUGAUCUCCAACGUCACCGGCCACAACUGCCACCAGCGCCAGCCGGAGGGCCGUGGGAAGGGCAAGGAGAACGGUAUAUUCGGCGGUGUCAACCAUUUCAACCCGUCCAGCCCGCUGUACGAGGCCAAGCACGCCCCGCUCAUCCUCCUCAGUGACCUUGGCUUGAUGCUCACCGGCUCCGCCUUGUUCUGGGUAGGCAAGAACUUCGGCUGGGCGAACCUUGCCGUGUGGUAUUUCUUGCCAUACCUGUGGGUCAACCACUGGUUAGUCGCCAUCACCUACCUCCAACACACCGACCCCACCCUCCCACACUACUCCCCCCAAGCCUGGACUUUCACCCGCGGCGCCGCCGCCACCAUCGACCGCGAAUUCGGCUUCAUCGGCCGCCAGCUCUUCCACGGCAUCAUCGAAACCCACGUCCUGCACCACUACGUCAGCACCAUCCCCUUCUACAACGCCGAUGAGGCCAGCGAGGCCAUCAAGCCCAUCAUGGGCAAACAUUACCGCUCAGACACCGAGCUCGGCAGCCUUGGCUUCCUCCGCUCGCUGUGGAGGAGCGCCAGGACCUGCCAGUGGGUGGAGCCAUGCGAGGGCGCCAAGGGCGAAGGAGAGCAUGUCUAUUUCUUCCGGAAUCGGAAUAACAUUGGCGUCAAGCCUGCUGUGAUGACAUCGCCGUCGUCCUCGUAGAGCUGGUUCUUGUUUCUUUUUUCUGGUUGGUUUAUGGUCUUUUUUUUCUUGUGUUUUGUGUUUCUUCACCGUUUCAUCACGUCAUUCUUUGUGUUUUUUUCCCUCUCACCCUUCUUUCUUUUCCUUCCUCGCUCCCCCCCCUAUUUUUCGGAUAAUGAAAACAUAGUAUAGAAAGAGAGAAUAACGAGAACUGAAGAUCGAGUGGCACCAUUAUAUAUAUAUAAAUAUAUAUAGAACGCAAUCAUAAAAAAAAAAAAACAAGGAUGCCAGUAUCAUACGUCAUAAAUGUUCGUCGCUCAUCACUUGCUCAUAUCAUAUCUUUCUCGUCGCUGAUGGAUAACCUUUCAUGCUGUGCUUUCAUUCUGCCUUCCGUGCAUUGCCCUCCCAGCGUCCCCGCCCCGGAUAGCCUCCAUCUAACUUCCCGGGGCGACACGACAUGAGAAGAGACGAGACGUGACGAGACCAUAAAAUGCGUAGAAGGCAUGUGGGUCUCUCUUGCACAGGCUUGCCCUGUCGCUGAUGGGUAUAUAGUUUUUUAUAUAGAUUGAUUUAUUGUGUUUUCCAUUCAAUUCAUCAAAGUGGACAGUGUCAAUAAGAUCUUUUCUUUUUCUUUUUCUUUCUUUUUUCUUGUCAUUUCGUCGAAUUUCUCACAAAGAGAGCGGGAGAGAGAGAAAUAAGGAAUAGAAAUAUACAACUCGAGUAUAAUAAAUACAUACCU